AUGGCUGGUCCUCGUAUUGCCUGCAUUGGAGUCAUUGGGAAAACAGAUAAUCCUCUCCAUAUCUCUCUUUUCCCUCCAUACACAGAUGCCACCAUUGAAUUCUCAUUCUUACUAAACUCCUGCCUCGACAUCUUCGAGAUUCGGCGCAAGCAAACCUCCAUCGACCAGGACCUCGGUCUACUACAUGCGAUUGACGAAAGGCUUGCCGCUUACGGCUGGCUGACGACAACCGGGAUCAAGCUCCUGAUCAUCGUGGAUCUCUUUGGCCAGGAAGCCGUGAGCGCAGGCAAGCCUGCCGGCCCUGCAGUCAGCGGCCUGAGAGAUUCUGACCUGAAGCCGGCGUUCCGAGCGUUACAGAGCGCAUAUAUCCAGCUUUUGCAGAAUCCCUUUUAUUCCCCGGAUGACCAUGUCCCGACGCCGGGAGCGACUGCAGGCGCAGCCUCCGCUUGCCAACCCGUUUCCAAUCCAAAAUUCAUAGCAGAUGUGAAACGUAUUGGUGAAUCCUGGGCUCCGGGAGCCACGUUAUAG